AUGUAUGAGGAUACAGAAGUUGAGGUGAUAUAUGAACUAAAUGAUCUUAUUGGAGCAAAAAGACAAGGCAAGUUUGAUGGAAAGAAAAAUGUGAAGAUCUGGAAGAGACAGAAGGGAAUUCACAAAGGCAGUCAGAAUACCUUUGCUAAAGAAGUGAAUGCAACUAAAUGUGAGGAAUAUAAAGUCAUCAGUUUAAUUACGCAUGCGUCAAAGAUCUUGCUUAGGGUACUGAAUAAAAGACUAGAAGGAAAGGACAGGGAUUACAUCAGGAAAACACAGUUUGGUUUUAAGAGAGGAUGUGGUACCAGAGAUGCAAUCGGAGUCAUGCGUAUACUCUGUGAAAAGGUAUUAGACAAUGGAAAGGAAUUCGAUGUCUGCUUUAUGGACUAA